GAUCCUGAAUCCUGGGCCACGAAAUGGGCGGGGCUAGAGGGCGAAUGAGAUUGAGCUGACCCAGAAAGUCACCUCCGGCAGCGCAUGCGCCGGCAGUCCCCUCCCAUCUGGAAGGUGUGUUGGCGUUGCUGUGGUAACCGCUGUAAACGGAGAACUGGGACUGAUGCUGUGACUGCGAAAGCCAAAAGCCGAGCGCCCGUGGAGUACCUUAGAGAAAAUGAAGGAACCAGAUGAUCAGGAUGCUGAUGGGGAGAAAUCAGAUAGAUCCAAGAGUGACAGAAGGCAGUCUCAUUCCUCUAGAUCUCCAUCAGGAACUGCUAUGAAAGAGGAUCACAAGUCUAUUGACAAUACCAUAGGCGAAGGAUUUACUGAAGGGGAAGAAUCAUAUAUAGAGGAUGAUGAAUCAUAUGUGGAAGGAAGUUCAAGUUCACUUCAAGAUGACUAUGCAGAAAGCCUUGAAGAAUCUCGGUAUAUGGAAACUCCUGCCCCAGAUGCAGAAGAGGCAGAGGAAGAAGUUAAGAGGAAAAUAUCAGAAAGCUUCUUCUACGAUUACAUGGAGCUUGUCUCAAUGCCUUUUGUGACUCCAGAUUCAAACAUACCGCUGGAUCUUCUUACACUUGUACAUUCCUUUGGUUAUGACUCCAGAAAGCGGGCCAACCUGAAACUUCUGGAAAGCAGUAUCGUGAUGUACAUAGCUGGGAACCAGUUGAUUUUUCUGAAUCUGAAAACCAAAGAACAGAGCUACUUGCGAAGUAGCAGUGGAAUCGGAAUUGGUGUCACUGGGGUUCACCCUGAUAAAACUUAUUUCACGGUAGCAGAAAAAGGAGUUUUCCCAAAGAUAAUCAUUUAUGAAUAUCCUUCAAUGAGGCCCUAUAGAAUCCUUCAAGAUGGAACUGAUCUGGCCUAUGCGUACGUGGACUUUAACUUCGAUGGUACCCUGCUGGCUUCUGUCGGUGGCAGCCCUGAUUACACCCUGACCAUCUGGAACUGGAAAGAAGAGAAGCCUAUACUGAGGACAAAAGCUUUCUCCCAGGAAGUUUUUAAGGUUACUUUCAAUCCUGAAGAUGAUGAGCAGCUCACUACCGCGGGAUCAGGCCACAUCAAGUUCUGGCAAAUGGCUCUAACAUUCACUGGCCUCAAACUUCAGGGUUCACUGGGUCGAUUUGGCAAAACAGCUACUACUGAUAUAGAAGGUUACAUGGAGCUCCCAGAUGGGAAGGUGCUUUCAGGGUCAGAAUGGGGCAACAUGCUGGUUUGGGAAGGAGGCCACAUCAAAGUGGAGCUGAGUCGAGCUGCAGGCAAGCCUUGUCACCAGGGUCCCAUUAACCAGAUAAUGCUGGACGAGGGCGAAGUCAUCACCAUUGGGUCAGAUGGAUGUGUUAGGAUAUGGGAUUUUGAGACUAUAGACACUGCUGAUGUUAUAGAUGAGACUGGAUUACUAGAGAUUGAACCCAUUAAUGAACUUCAAGUAGAUAAGAAUGUCAGACUCUUCUCUAUGAUAAAAAUGAAUGAAGUUGGAAAUAACUUUUGGUUGGCUCAGGAUUCCAAUGGAGCCAUAUGGAAGCUUGACCUUAGCUUUUCAAACAUUACCCAAGACCCAGAAUGCCUGUUCUCCUUCCAUUCUGGAGCCAUUGAAGCUUUGGCCGUCUCUCCUGUCACUUACCUCAUGGCCACUACCGGCUUGGACUGCUCUAUUAGAUGCUAUGACUUUGCUGGCAAAACUCCUUUGCUUCAGAUGAAAUUCAAGCAAGGAGGUACUGCCCUUGCUUGGGUACCACGGCUGAUAAGCUAUGGUGGAGCACAGAUUACUGCAGGAUUUGAAGAUGGCGUUGUUCGAAUUCUUGAACUUUAUGAUCCAAAAGGGCUCACGGUUUUUGUGGGACGGAAGAAAGUUUUGGAUGCAGAUAUUCGUUUGAAACAGGUUUUCAAACCUCAUACUGCUGCUGUCACUGCUUUAGCUUAUGAUCGUGAUGGAGAAGUUCUAGCCACAGGGAGUAAAGAUAAAACUGUCUUCUUUUUUGAAGUGGAAAGGGGCUAUAAGCCUAUUGGUUAUAUUACUACUCCUGGACCUGUUUGCCAGUUAACAUGGUCUUCAAGCUCUCAUCCUGAAAGUACUUUGCUGAUUAUUUGCGAGGAUGGCUAUGUUCUUGAAGCUCCGUUUCCAGCUAUAAAGGAGGACAAGGAGGACCGUGAUGUAGUUUCCUAUGAAAUCAAAGACAUGUGUUUAAAAUAUUUCCAUUUCACAAGUGUCAAAUCUAAGAUUCUGAGAUUAAUAGAAAUUGAAAGGAGAAAGAAACAAAAGGAGCUGAAGGAGAAAGAAAAGCAAGAAAGAAGGAAAAGGCUAGAAACAGAGAUGGGCGAAGAUGCGGAAGAGGAACUCCAGGAAGAAGAGGAGGAGGAGGAAGAGGAGCCCUUACCCGAAAUCUUUGUUCCUUCAACCCCCUGUCACAUCCUCUGUGGAUUUUACUCUGAGCCAGGAAAGUUCUGGGUUUCUUUGGGUGGCUAUGAUUCUGGUUUUCUGUACCACUGUGAAUUCCCCCCAGAUGACAAAAGCAGUGAUAACACAGUAAGGAAAGAUGAACCUUUUGAUUUCCGUCUUCUUGAGGAUACAGAGGAUAAUCCCAUCACAACUAUCACUUUCAGUAUUAACCGAGAAAUGAUGUUUUGUGGAAUGCAAAAUGGAGCGAUUCGAGUUUAUAUCCUAAGUAAGAAUGAUUCUUCGUUGACCAGCAUGGAGGACUACUGGCACUACAAUGUGCAUGACAAUAAUCAUGGACGUGUUAAUGCCAUCUCUACUAGCUUUGAUGACCGGUUCUUGGUGACUGCUGGAGCAGAUAGUAAUAUCUUUGUUUUCAACAUUUUUUCUGAGUUUGAGUUAAAGAAAGUUGUGAAAGCCAAAGUGCCAUCUCCCAGAUUUGGAAUAGAAACAGAGCCAAUUCCAGAAGAUAUUGAAGAUCCUAAAGCCUACAGUAUUGAGAAUGCCAGAAGAAAAAGAGAACAUGACAAGUUAAUGAAAAAAGUAGAAGAAAUCAAGGCUGGAAAGAGAGAACAGAUCAAAGCUUUAAGGAAUCAAUUACAGAAACUACUACAGAUGAAUGAAGAAUUACCCAAACAUAUGCAGUUUAAACGGACAGAUUUUGAUCUGGAUUCCAAAAUUCGUGCUGAGAUUGGCAAGAAAACAGCUAAUAAAAUUCAACGAGUGGAAAAGGAAUUGGCUUGGGAAAAGGAGAAACACCAGGUCAGCCUAAAGAAGCUACAGAAUAGAUUUCGUCAUUCAUUGGAAAAUGAUAUUAUUGUAGUUCAUGCCAUUCAGAGUGAUCACAAGAUAUCCACCUAUAGGCUUGUGAAACCCUCUAAAUACUCCAAAACCAAACGGGCAAGUCAAUCAGAGAGAAGACCAAGCAAAUUUGAGAGGUUUGAAAAAGAAGGAACUGGAAGAAAGGAUAGCCAGAGAGAUACAGGUGGAAGUAUUAGUGUGCCAGAAGAAUCAGUCAUAGAGAAAGGGAAGAAAUUUCGACCUAAAACCCUAAGUGAAAUUAUGGUGGAAAAUCAAAUUGAGAAAACAAGGAAACUUAUAUUAAAAGCUGAAAGGGCCCAAAUGAAGAUUCAGCAAAGAAAAAAAGAAUGGGAGGAACUGUACAAGAGUAAACCUGAUGAUGACUAUGAAGAUCCCAAAGAUGUUCAGGCCAUCAAAGAGGCCCAGCUAUUUAUGGGAGACUUCAAUUUGAAGACAGCCUCAGACUAUAAGAUACCUGAGCACAUGAGAAUAAAUGCUGCCAAGAAGGAGGAGGAACUGGGGUACCUAGACUCUAUGGCCUACUCAAAGAAAAUGCACAUGAACAAGAGCAUCAUCUCUCUUCGAGACCUUAAGGUGGCUGUCAUUGAGGAAAUACAGUGUCUGGUGCAAGAACUGAAGAACAUUCAGUCGACUCUUCCCAUAUUCAAGCACCUGCCCAUUCCCCAGGUCCCUCAGAUAUACCCGGAAGAAGUUCCAGAAAAGAGAUUUCAGUAUGAUGAUGAAACCCUCCUAGCUUUUAAGCAGCAACAGCUAGUGAAAAGUCAGGAUGGAAAGGCCCACCAGGUGGGACAGACAGCAUUUGCAGGCUCAGCUGGAGGCUUCCUCAGACUCUCUUCUGGAAAGGAGGGGGAUUUAACGACACGUGACUCGUUGUCUAGAGCAUCAAGAGCAUCCGCAUUCAGCCUGGACCUUCCAAAGUUCAUAGAAUUUGAAAAAGCAGAUCCAACUGACGUGGAGCUGGAGAUUAUGAAGAGGGAGGAGAUCAAACACGUGUACAUGCAACAGUAUUUGAUCAACCGGAUCAAAGAACUGAUUGUCACCUUUGAUGCAGAACUCCGUCUCCUGAGACAUCAGAAACUGAAGUUAGAUACUCAGAUGAAAUUAUCUGACCUGCACCAUGUCACAUUAUUUCAAGAAAUGCUUCUCCUGAAGAACUUUGAAAAACAGGAGAACAUACUGCAGGAGCGUGUUAAUUCAUUAGACAAAGAGGAACAGGACAUGCAAUGGAAAAUAAAUGAAACUCUUAAAGAAAUGGAAGAGAAAAAGAAUGAAGUAGCCAAGCUCCAGGACCAAGAAAAAGCACUCUAUGCUGGUUUCCAAACAGCACUUGGAGAAAACAAUAAAUUUGCUAAUUUCCUUAUGAAAGUACUAAAGAAGAGGAUUAAGCGGGUGAAGAAAAAAGAGGUCGAAGGAGAUGUCGAUGAAGAGGAGGAAAGUGAAGAAUCAAGUGAAGAAGAAUCCAGCUUGGAGAGUGAUGAGGAUGAGUCUGGAUCUGAAGAUGAGGUUUUUGAUGAUUCUAUCUGCCCAACAAAUUGUGAUAUAGGUCUCUUUGAAUUGGCCCUUCAACUUCGAGAGAAAAGGCUGGACAUUGAAGAGGCUUUAGUUGAAGAAAAAAAAAUGAUCGAUAACCUCAAAAAGGAAUAUGAUACAUUGUCCAAAAAAGUAAAAAUUGUGGCAACUAAUCUGAACGCAGCAGAGGAGGCGCUGGAGGCUUAUCAGCGUGAGAAGCAGCAGCGGCUGAAUGAACUGCUGGUUGUGAUCCCACUGAAGCUCCACCAGAUAGAGUAUGUGCUGUAUGGAGAAAUACCAAGUGAUCUUUCUGGAACUUUGGUCUUUUCCAACCACUCCUUGGGACGACUCCAAGAGCGAAUUGUCCAGCUCCAUGAGGAAAAUUCCAAGCAGCAAAAACUUAACAAAGAAUGCCGGGAGAGGCGUAAGCAGCUCAUCCGAGAAAAGAGAGAGAUGGCCAAAACAAUACAGAAAAUGGAAGAAACAGUCAGUCAACUAAUGAUUAGCAAGUUUGGCCGCGUGAUCAAUCUAGAAGCCCUUCAGACACUUUCUGUGAAUACAACGCUUGAAGAACUAAAGAUAAAAAAGCUUCGAAAGGAGCUAUCGAACGUAAAGGAAAUGAAAAUGUGGGAGGAAAAGAUUGCUCAGGUUCGAUGGGAAUUGAUGAUGAAGACGAAAGAACACACCAAAAAACUUCAUCAGAUGAAUGAUUUGUGUAUUGAAAAGCAGCGGCUUGAUUCAAGACUGAAUACUCUACAGAACCAGCAGGGCAACGCCUUCCAGGGCCCUCGGAAAGCAGAUAUUGAGGCAAGAGAAAGGGUCACUGAACUGAUACAAGUCCAAGCCGAAAGGAUUCAGGCCUUAAAGGAAGAGAUUGCUCUUUUGCGUAAGAAAGGUGGUCUCCUCCUGCCCCCGAUUCAUCACCCACAAGAGAAUGAAUGAAGUUCCAGGGCCUUUAAGUUUGCUUUCUCCUCAAAUCCAUCCAUGAUUCGACACACAAUUCUACAGUUCUGUUGUCUGCAAUAACCCUACUGUUUUAAAGUGAAUGUAUCUGAAAGUCUAAAACCAGAUCCAGUCAUGUAGUUUUAAUGAUUUACCCCCAGUUGGUUAUCUCAGAACUGACUGUAAUGCUCAAUAGCUACUUAUAUUGAACUGAACCAUUUUAGAUGCGCCUGGAACCAAUUGGAUCAAAUAUAAAGUUUCAGGAGGCGGUAUCUCAAACCAUCAGAAAGAAUCAGUAAUAUAUUCUGUUUUGUAAAAUUUGUUUUUUGGUUAUCUGAAUGUUUAGCCAUUGGCAAGAAAAUCUAUCAUUCAGCAAACCAUGAGAAAACCUUUUCUUGAUGGUUAAAUCCUUGGAAAAUAAACUUUGUUAUCAGGUAUUUUCUGAGAGGACACGAGAAAAAAACCAUUUUGCUAACAAACAGUAUCUGGGAAAAAGAAAUGCAACUUAGAAUUCUGACAUUGUUAACUUUGUAAGUCAGUUAUUUGAGGGCUCGGGAUUCAGGAAAUGGAUACAAAGAACAGAGCAGUUGGCCUUCGGCUGGCAUAAAGCAAGAAACAAUCAGCUUCCUGAAUCACCCAGAGUUUUAGCAAACUCCUCAGCUCUGGGUAGAGCAGAGAAGUGUGUUUUGCAAAAUGGUUAAGAAGGAGGCUCUUCUCUGAAGGUGUCUGCAACUCUACCAGCAUUUCCUACAGUUUCUCACAUCCUGUGCCUUUUUCCUUCUGGUUCUACUUGAGUCAUUUGCUGGCUUUGAUACAGAUAAGGAAAUAAUGAAAUAGAUUCCAUCACUGAGAGAUCAUCUCUAAUAAUAACUUCUGAUUGUACGUAACGUUUUGGGAGUAUCCGUUUGGUUUGGGGGUAAGUGGUCACUGGAAUUCAUCUAAGAAUGAUUUUACCAACAGUUGGACUCCUGUUAGUAAUAGGUCUAGUAACAGGUCCACUUUAAUGACAGCCUCUCGGAGGCUGUCCCAGAAUAUGAAUUGGUCAUUGAAAAGGAAAGGUAAAGAAGACAAUAUUGCACCAAUGCAGAAAGUGACUCAGCAAAGUCAAGUCUUCCUAACCUGUGGCUAGCCUGCUGCCAAAAUUAUCAUCAGGACUUGGGUUCCUUGUUGGAAUGUAUAUGUUAGAGGUGGCCUGCUGUGUCUGACAUCCUUUCAUAGCUUACCAUUUGUGCCUGUCAGCACAGAGCUCUGACACAGUUGCCUCUCCACUGGACAGCACCCUUUACCACCUUCUCUGUUCUUCGUCCUAAACUAUGUGUGCCCUUCAAGCAUUUAAGAAAAAUAUGUUAGUCUUAGCUCUGAGUGUUUUAAUUUUUAUGUAGGAAUAAAUAAGAAGGCUCAGGAAUCCGGGAGCCACUUAGCUGGGCCUUUCCAACCUGUGUCUCCCAUGAGGUUGCAGUCCAACUGUGCACUGGGGCUGUGUCCAUCUGAAGCUUGGCUGGAAAUGGAAGGGAUAACACCAGACCUACUCACUCAACUGGCUGGCCAGCCACCACCCUGAGCAGCUGCCUGGAUACAGUGAGUGGUCUUGGAGGGGACACUGUCCCUUGCUGUGGUGAGAACCAGGGUAAGGUCCACUAUUUUCCUGGGCCUCACUGUCAAAUAAAUGAGAGAUUAAGCUCUGAGGCUUCCUCUCAUUCUGAAAUCCUAAUUCAGAAUGAAUGAAUUCAGUCUAUAGAAGAGCCAUGUCAAGGAUUCAUGUGUAUAUCAACUUAGGAGUAAAACCAGUCAAGAUUAUUACGUUUUGUCCAAUUGAACCAGACAAAAAUCACUGAAGUUUACAAAUAUUAAGCUUUCAUACAGUAUGUUUGGAAUUUGACAAUACAGUUAAUUCAUUCUUACUUUGAAUUAGACAAGGAAUAGAGGUAGCUUUAGUUUAAUUUCAUUGAUCCCAGGCUUAGUCUUGCAUCUGUAACUAAGUAUGAGCAUCUGAAUCUUUGGGAGGUUUAAUAUCAAACAGGAGAGCCCUGACUAGGGAUAGAUGGAAAGCUGUCCUUGUUUCCUGAGCAAACUGUUCUCUGCCUCUUGCUGUGCCCUUAGAGAAGGCAGCCACCUUUGAGAGAGGCCAAAAUCAGUCUAAGUUGAAUUAUUUGUGGGUCAGUUGUUAUCAUUAAAUAUCAACAUUGAAAGAAAAAGAAACUGUAGAGUCCUCUGUCAGAACUUCAUAGGAAAAUGAGUUACUCGUGUUGCCAAGGCAACCUAUUCUGUUGCACAGCUUAGGUCUCCUAGCCAAGAGCUGAACUCUGCACCCUCACUAGCUGCCACACACCUAAGUCUUACUCUUCCUUUUGCUUGUUGACUGAAUCAGACUUUUAAAAGACACUACGGUAAUUAACCUGAAUCUAAAGAAAUGCAAAAUGCAAUGAAACAGAAAUAUAAGUUGUUUUUUCUAGGUUAAAAUUUAAAGGCCUGGUACCCUAACCUUUUCCUGCAGUUGGCUAAAUAUGUACAUUUAUCUUGUUUAACCUGCCUUAGAAGUGCCUUUUCUUUCCCAGGACAUUUUUGAGGAGCUAAAAGCAUUCAGUGUUGUUAUUUAAAACUACUUUCUGCACAGCACUGGAGCAUACCACUUCCAUCCAUAGCAUUCACCAGAACUUACAUUGACAACCACUGGGGUCAGUAAGCAUAAAAAACAAAAAAACAAAAAAAACGAAGAUUUAAAAAAGCCAGUGGGCUAGAUGAGUUACAGCCCAGAUCUGAGAGGUGAGACUUGUCCCCCUCCCUCCUCUAAGCCCUCCAUGCCAGAUUUUAUCGGAAGUCACAAUUCUGCCUGAAAUCUGAAUCUUCCCUGCUUCUUCAGUCUUGUCUGAAGUCUUCUCUCCCCUGCUCUGUGUCUCCUUUCCUAUAAUUUCCAUAUUCCUUACAGUCCUUCAUUUCAUUUCUUAAAAUAUUUUAAAUAUACUGCUUUUCUAAAAACCAUGUUCCAAUUUAGCUGCUGGAUGGAGAAAGGCUGCAAGAACUUCUCGCCAGCAGAGGGUGCACUUGUCCAGAACCAUCAAAGUCACUCCUGGGGCUUUCCUAGGACUUUGUUUAUCCAAUUCGUGACUAGAGUGUGAAGCUAGGGUCUGCCAUUGAUGACUCUUAACAGGAUUAAGUGUCUCAAGUGGCAGUUCAUCUGUAACUCAAUUCUUCUGAAAUCUAGAAGAUACAUUUCCCUCCUGAACACAGUUAAAAGUGUGUUAGGGCUCUCAGCAAAAAGCUUUGGUCUCCAUUUUACCACUUGUACAUAAAAAGGUUGAUCCUGCGGCUGGAGGGCAGUGAGUAAACGUUUAUUUUAAACAACUAGUGAGUCAAGUCCUCUGGCUACAUUGCUGUGUCUUUGGGAAAAAGGGAAGUGAAUUUUACCAGGCACCGUAUAUUCAGGUGUAGCACAGCACUUCACUAAAUGGUAUUUUAGAGAAAAUACUUAGUCAGCACACACCUGCAUAGAAAAGACGAAUCUCAUUCCUUCGAGCUGCCCAGAGCUUUACCUUAAGUCCAGAGAACGGUGACUCUGCUUCUCCUCGCCCAGUGUACCCCGUCUCCCUCUUGGACAGUUACUAUGCAUCUGCUUUGAUGAAAACACAACUGACAUUCAACAUUUAAAAGGACAAAAUCCGAAACCUUUGCCGCCUUUUCCAGAUCUCUCCCUG